CUGAAAGCAGAAGAAAAGUGUUUCAUGUUUUCCUUGGAAAAGUAACCACGAAAAAAUCAAUAUUUCUGUCGACUGAUCAAUAAUUAGUAAAAACACAAAAGCGCGUUUACCUGAUUGGUGAAAUGAAGGAAAUGGUUUCUGCGUCAUACUAAUAUAUUUCUCUUUGUUGUUGAUUUAUUUUUUAGCGUUUAAAUUGCCUGAGUGCUUUAUACGUGAGACAGUUGAAGUGAAUCGAGGUGACGAUGGGUGGACUGUUGUUUUGACAUCGGUGUUCAAUGUUUCAUGUUAACAGGCAGUUUGAAUACUUAUGUUUGGAAUAAUAAAACAAAUAUUCAAAAUAAUCAGAAGUUUCUGAAAUACAUACAUACAUAUAUUUAUAAAAUCAUCGCCAAAUGCAUUCCACUGUGCGUACAGUCUUUAGGGUUUUAAACAUUAUAUGUUUAUUAAUUUGUAUAAUUGCAUUUAUACUGUUUGCCAUUAUAUUCUGGACGAAAGUGGCAGUAUUAGCCCUACAGCCUACACUGAAGAAUUUGAAAGUUGACGGUGAUCUCAGUAAUUCAACAGUAACUGAUAGUGUGAACCGUGUGUUAAGACAUUUUGCAAGACCAAUCACUCUAACGUUGAUGGCGAUAACUGUAAUGUUUAUCUGCUUGUACGCUUUCGGUGUCCUGGUUGCUUAUAACCGAGGCAGUACAUUUUUCCUCAUGUAUGAAGUCGCCAUCACAGUGUUUAUUAUACUUCAUAUACUCAUGUUGGCUACCCUACUGACUAAUCCAAAAACGUUACGUGGAGGUAUGGAGAAUAUUUUUGAGAAACAAUUCUAUGGAUACGAGUCCAUGCAAAGUCUUGAUGGACAGAGUUUAUUUGCAGCUGUUGUAAUGAUACAGUUGAAAUGUUGUGGAUUCAGAGAUGCCUCAGAUUUCAAUGAUGUCAAGAUGUCAUAUGAAGAUAGAUAUGAUGGUCGUGACUAUACCAAUGUCGUGACUGCUGUACCCUGUUGUCAUAUGGAUGAAAACUUAGAAUUGAAGGAUAAAGAGUGUCCAACAUCAGGAACUCCAGAUUCAUAUUAUAUUGAUGGAUGUAAAGAACCAUUUGGUGAGAAAGCUUUCCAAGUUAUAGCAAUGGUAGCGUAUGCUUCAAUUCUAUUGAUAGUGAUCAAUUGUGCACUUGUCGUCUGUGUCGUUCUUAUUCUCCGAGAGUUAUGGGUACAUCUUUAAACCUAUAUGCAUAUAUAAAUACCAACCCUAUUUGAAUAAUAAUAAUAAUUACAAAAUUCACUGGAUUUUUUUAAGAUGCU